AUGAAGAAGAGGAACAGAAGAGCGGUCUUUGAUGGAUUCGAGCGUCGUGACAAUGAGCUGGAGCGACACGACCAGAUGCUUCGCGCCAAGAGCCGGGCGCUCCGCCAAUCAGCAGAGGGAGACCAAAUCGAGAGCGACGAUGAGGUGCCGCAGGAUGCGCCUGGAGAUGCUGCCGCUGCCGCAAAGGGCGGCGCUCGAAGCCGACGGGCAAGGCGCGCCGCGCAGCAAUCCAAAUCCAUGGCGAACCGGGAAGCGAGCGUCAUCGCUGCAGACAACGUAGUGCAGAGCUCGAGGGCACCCCAGCAUCACAAUCAAUCCACCGCGUCAACGACCGCUACACGAGGCCAACAGCGAAUGAAGAGGGGCAAAGGUAGGAAAGGGCGGGGCAAGUACCGAGAUGAUUCGAGUAGCAGCGACGGCGAAGAUGCAGUGGCUUCGAAGAAGAUGAUGGCGACAGCUGCUGUGGAGAGGAAGAAGGCGGACAACCACGCGUCUACGCGGCGCGAGCGCAAGGUGCCGCGCCAUCUCCAGGGCCAGGAGCGGCUCAAGAUUCGCGGGUCGCUACCCGAAUACAUGAGCUGCUUGCCCAACGAGGUGUGGGCCAUGAUCAUCGACUUCUUGGACAAGAAGGACCUAUUGCUCAUGAGUUCUGUGUCCGUGGACUGGCGCUGGCUGGCGCUCUCCCACUACCGCCACCACAAUUGCGACGAUCUCAUCGGCCAGCUCGACUUCCUGUCGGCCAACUGCCCGCACCUCGACUCCCUGCACGUGCUUGAUGCGCACCUCUCGCUGCUGCCCCGGAGCCUGCGCUCGCUCAACCUCUCCGGCUGCCACAACAUCACCAACCAGGGCAUGUCGCUCCUGCCGCCGGCGCUCGAGCACCUCGACAUCUCCGAGUGCUUUCUCGUCUCCGACAUCGGCCUGCGCAACCUCUCCGGGGUGGUGGGCCGGACGCGGGACGAGAUCGAGGAGGAGGAGCGCGAGCGCGCCCGGCUCGUGGCCGAACAGCAGCAGCGCGAAGAGGAGGAGGCCGAGCGACGUCGGCGCAAGGGCAAGGCGAAGCUGGACGACGACGCCGACGCCAUCCAGAGCGAACUGGAGUCGCCGCUGGACUUUGCGCCGGAAGUGAUCGCCGCGCUGCCCGAUCUCGUGUCAGAUGACGAGGAUGCCGAUGAAGAGUCUACAGCGCAGCAGCCACAGCCACAGCCGACGGAGCCAGAGCCGGAACCGGCCGCAGGCGACGUGGGCCGGCAGCUGCUGCCCGUGGUGGACAACCCUCCGUUCCCGCACCUGACUUCGCUCCUGCUCCACAAGUGCUUCGCCAUCUCGUCGCUCGACUUCCUGCCUCGGACACUCGAGGAGCUCGACAUCUCUCAUCUCAAUCUCAACUUUGCCGGCCGAUGCUUCACCUCGCUGCCCCCCACCAUCAAGAAGCUCACUGUCACGGACUGCCGUGUGUCAGAUGACAGCCUGUGGGAUCUGCCGCCGUCCCUUGUCUACCUGGAUCUCACACAGUGCUACUUCAUCACGGACUCGGGACUUCAGGCGCUGUACGGGAUGCCCUACUUGAAGACUCUGGUUGUCCGCGCGUGCUCCCGCAUUUACGGCGAUGGUCUGGUGAGCUUGCCCGCGUCGCUAGAGCAGCUGGUCCUCUCGCAGACCAACAUCGCGGACGAAUCGCUGGACACCCUGCCUGCGUCGAUCAAGAAGCUCGACCUCUCCUUCACCUCCAUUACCAACAGGGCUCUUCUCCAUCUGCCACCAAACCUCGAGGAGCUGAAUGUCGGGUGGUGCAAGCACAUUGACGAUGAGGGUCUGGCCGCGCUGCCGCUCACGCUGCGCGCGCUGGGCCUGGAGGACAACAUCAAGAACAUCUCCGACCAGGCACUCGUCCAUCUCUACAAUCGGCAUUCCAAGUCGCUUCGCGUGCUCAAUCUCGUUGGGUGCGACCGAAUCACCGAUGAAGGCCUGCGCUACCUGCCCCGCAACCUCACGACGCUCUGCCUCACCCUCAGACCGGCCAACAUAUCAAAGAACGCGAUGAAGAAGCUGCAACUGUCGGGUAGGAUGGAACUCAAGGUCAUGGAGUCACACAGGAGGAAGAUUCUGCUCCAGGCAGCCAAGGCCAAGUGA